GAAGCAUUGAAAAAGAUUGAAACUAAAAGAGAAGAAAUUCCACUUGAAAGAAUAGAAGAAUUUGAUCGAUACUAUGACACUUAUUCAGACAAUCAAACAUGCUAUUACAAAACAGUUGUAUAUGAGAACAAUUUUGAAUUAGUAGGAUA